AGUUUCUCUCCUGUUAGGGUCAUCUUUUUACGUGUUCUGUGCUUCCUAAAAUAAAAAUCGAUGGCUGCUAUUCAUAAACAUGAGGUUGAAGAGGACGGAGAUAGCAGACCGGUUGUUCUCAGCAUCAACGGCGGCGGGGAGGCGGCUGCAGCAGCGUCGAAGAAUCCCAAAGAAGAGCCUGACAUAGAGACAACUGUAAGCCUGAUGCCCAUGGCGGUGCACGUGCCGUCAGCUGUUCCUGUGCCUCCAGUAACGACAGCGCCCGCCGCGCCAAAACGAGCGUCAACAAAGGAUCGUCACACGAAAGUCGAGGGACGUGGCCGGAGGAUCCGAAUUCCCGCUACUUGCGCGGCUCGGAUCUUUCAACUGACACGAGAAUUAGGACACAAGUCGGAUGGAGAAACUAUACGCUGGUUAUUAGAGCACGCCGAACUGGCGAUAAUAGCGGCAACUGGAACCGGUACCGUUCCCGCCAUCGCUAUGUCGGUUAAUGGGACCCUUAAAAUUCCAACGAACGCUAAUCCCGAACCCGGCGACCCUAGUAAAAAGAAGCACAAACGAUCCGCUAAUAGCGAAGUUGUUGACGUCAACGACACCGUUUCGGUUUCAUCUGGUUUGGCUCCUGUAAUUACUUCUCAACACCAACAGCAACAAGCUGUUCCGCCGCAGGGUUUGGUUCCAAUUUGGGCCAUACCAUCAAGCGCCGUCGUUCCUGGCGCGUUCUUCAUGGUACCACAUAUGGCAUCCGUAGCCGGCCCAUAUACUCAGCCUCAUAUAUUUACAUUUCCGGCCACCGCUACACCGCUGAUUAAUAUUUCGGGUCGUCCCAUAUCGUUGUUUGCCUCAGCCAUGCAACACGGUGCAACAACAACGCCGAGUCAACUUCAAAGUAAUGUAGCUGUCACGAGCUGUGUGGCUCCAGUUUCCAAGACGGCUAAAACGGUGUCGAUUUUGGCACCGAGUUCGAGUUCGAGUUCCGCCGCUACCACUACUACAACGGCAACAACUCAGAUGCUUAGAGACUUCUCGUUGGAGAUUUACGAUAAACAAGAGCUCCAGUUCAUGAAUCGAUCUUCAAAGCAUUGAUUGAAAAACAAUAAAUUUUCUCUCUCUUUUUCCUUCCACUUGGGCUGACUGUUUUUGAGGUUUUUUUUUAUCGGUGGCUUCGUUGUUGGUGCAUCCGCCAUGAACGAGAGCGAAGCUAGAGGAGGACCUGCUCAAUUGAGGGUUUUUGGUUAAAGGUGCGCACGUGUAAUGUGGGGUCAGAUUAGGCGGGAGGGGUAGGGUCCACAAAAUGUUAGUGUGGGUCAACACUGAAACUAAAAGAGCAGGGGGCAAUCCGUGGACCGUGCAUUGCAAAGAGGAAGUCAUGCGUCGAACGGAUCAUUCUAUCGAGUAUCGAACAGUCCUGUCAUGUGGGGCACGGGACCCAAUAGAAAAAGAAAAAGAAAAAAGUGGACCCUACGGGACCCUUUUUGCAAUGUUACCAAGGAGUAGCCGCGUGGUGGUCCCUACGGGUUAGUUCGGUGGUCCAAAUCCGAUCGAGAGAGAUUGUGGGCCAAAAGUUUGGUCAGUCUGCAGUCGGGACACGUAUCCGGGACGUACUGUUAACGGCGUUUUUUUUAAAAUCUGACACGUGGGAUCCUUUGUUGGUAGGGUCUACAAGA